AUGGCCGUAGCGCAAAGUCUCUAUGAUAUCCUAGGCAUCCUCCAGACUGCCACUGCGGACGAAGUGCGGAAGGCGUACAAGGUCCGGGCGCUGGAGACACAUCCAGACAAGCUCCCUCCUGGGUCGGACGAGGAGGAAAUCGAAGCGGCCGAAACCGAGUUUAGAGAUGUCCGCACUGCCUUCGAGGUCCUCAGCGACCCCGCGAAGCGCAAGGCAUACGAUAACGGCCUGAACUACAUCCGUCGCCGCCGCUUCACCACCGAGGAGGUUCAGGCACGUCUCGCGCGAGAGCGUGCGGAAUGGCAACGAAAGGCAGAGGCCCGCCACCAGGAGCGCAUGCGCGUGCUGCGCGAGGAGAUCCUCGCCAGCAAGAACCGCUACCAGGACACGCUCGCGCAGGCGGAGCUCCGCUACCAGGAGAAGAUGAAGGCGCUCGAGGAGCAGCUGCGCCUCACGCGCGAGGCGGAGCGCGCCGCGGACGUGAAGAGCGGCGGCACGUACACGCUCGCGGACGAGCUGCUCAGCGACCUCCGCCGGCGCUGUCCCGAGUGGGAGGUCCGGAGACAGAAGGUGCUGAUGGAGUCGGACGACACACAGAGCCGGGCCCCGCGAGUGGAGAGCUCGCCAAACGCGCAGUGA